AUGAACGAAGGCGGUGCGUCAAGUAUCAGCGGAACGGCAGAAGCAGCUGCAACACUCGUUUCACUGAAAACCGACAAGCACGAAUCACUGUCAUUAUCAUCAUCAUCAUCAUCUCUGAUGACGGAUGGUGAUUACGAUCUGAUCGGAUGUGAAAAUGUCAUGAACGAAGGCGGUGCGUCAAGUAUCAGCGGAACGGCAGAAGCAGCUGCAACACUCAUUUCACUGAAAACCGACAAGCACGAAUCACUAUCAUUAUCAUCAUCAUCAUCUCUGAUGACGGAUGGUGAUUACGAUCUGAUCGGAUGUGAAGUCUGCUUCGAGCCAUUUCACCCUACAAAACGCCCACCAAAACUACUUCCUUGUGGACACAAUUUCUGUGAACGUUGCAUUUUUUCGCUCUGCUGUCAUCAACAGUACUACCUGUUGGAUUCAGUGAACUGCCCCACAUGUCGUACCGAAUUCAACACCUCCGUCGCAUUCGCUGCACCUACCAAUUACGACUUAUGCAGUAGAAAAUUUCAACAAUCGCUUACUUUUAUGUUUCCAGAGAUGCUGCAGACAGUGCUACCGCAACGUGAGAAUGCUGGUAACGCCAACAUCACAGUGAUACACGUCCCCGAUGUCAGCAGCAAUUCCAGCUGUGGCCGGCGAAGCUCCUGGCGUCGGCGCUGCGUGGGACGCCAUUCUGGUUCAAAUCGGCUCAAAUCAAUGCGAUGUGCUAAUUGUUCGCAAAAACUGAACGAAAAAAAGUGCCAAAAAGAAGCACGAUUUUGUACGCGGUGUUUUGGAUUCCGUCUUCUACGAAGGAGAAACUUUCAGCGCUUGGCGUGUCUGGAGUGUUGUGUCAACAGGCACAACGGGCAUCAGCUGGUUACGCUGGACGAGCUCGAGUAUGAGCAUCAGAAGCUGAUCAACGACCUGCACAUACUCAGUGGCAACAUCCGGGAGACAAGCGAGCGAAUUGAAGAAAAUCUGAAAUCUCUCAGAGAAGAACAGCUGAUGCCCUCAACAGAUUGUAAAACGCUGAACAAAGCAGAACAGUGCCUGUUUCCUCGCCUUUUUCGCUAUCAGCCGCUUCGAUACGACAGUCGCGUGUCGUACUUCACAGCGACACCUACGAUGAUCGUUCCGCGGCAGAAGCAGUUGCGGCAGUAUUGGCUGUGGCAUGCAACAGUAGCACGGGAUGCAGAAGCGGAAUGCAGCCUGUUGAAGAAGCCAUGA